AUGUCUCCUGAACACCCUCGUAUCUCGGAGGGGUCUAUGCCCUUCGUUGUACAUGGAGAGACACAUUACACCUGGUACAAAAUCGUCGGCGACUUGAGUGAUAGGACGCGUACUCCCCUCGUCGUCCUACAUGGCGGUCCAGGCUUCACCCACGACUACCUCCUCCCCAACCAAGACCUCGCCACAAUUGCAUCCAUCCCGAUCAUUUUCUACGACCAGAUCGGCAACGGCCGUUCCACGCACCUCCGUGACAAGCCCCAGUCGUUUUGGACUAUCGAUCUUUUCGUCGAUGAGUUUUUGAAUCUCGUCCGCCACUUCGCUAUUGAGGAUAACUUCGAUAUCCUGGGCCACUCAUGGGGAGGGAUGUUGGGUGCGGAGAUUGAGGUGCGGCGUCAGCCCGCAGGGCUCCGCCGACUCAUCAUCGCCGAUAGCCCUGCGGCGAUGAGUCUAUGGCAAGAGUCUCAGGUGCUACUCAAGUCGCGUCUUCCCGAGGGCGAGCAGGCCGCGCUGGCUGCAGGGCCUGCAGCUGACAAGGAAAAGUUCGUUGAGGCAAUGGAACACUUUCAUGGCUUGUUUGGCUGCAAGGUGAAGCCAACGCCGCAGGAGUUGCUUUACUCGAGACAACAGUCCGAUCCUGAGACGGGAGACAGGACGGUAGCAGACGCAAUGGUGAAAGGAGACCUCGGGCAGUGGUCAAUCGUCGCAAGAUUGUCUCACGUUCGAGUACCGACUCUUCUUAUCAAUGGACGCGACGAUUUCGCGCAGGAUUUUACGUGCAAGCCGUAUUUUGAUGGGAUCCCCAAAGUGCGAUGGUACACGUUUGAGGGAUCUAGUCAUACGCCGUUCUGGGAAGAGCGAGGGCGAUAUAUGCUAUUUGUGGCUGAUUUUUUGAAUAUGUGA